CUCUCUCUCUCUCUCAGUCGCGGAUUCGCAGCCAUGGCGUUCGCCACUUUUCGGCCGUCGUCUUCGAUGAUGACGAAACCUUUCGCGGGACAUCGAUCGCGCAGGGAUUUGGUGCCCGGGAGGGGGACAACCAGGAUCGGCGAUUUACCCGGGGCGGUGGCGCUAAGAUCGAGACCCCGGCGUGGGUUCGCGGAGAUCCACGCCUCCGGCGCUGAGGAUCGUAGCGGCGAGACGACGCCGCCGCCCUUGAGCCCUUUGCCACCUCCGACGCGUCAUGACCCGGUGAGACGCCAUACGAUUUCGGUCUUUGUUGGGGAUGAAAGUGGAAUGAUAAAUCGAAUAGCUGGGGUUUUUGCUAGAAGAGGAUACAACAUUGAGUCACUAGCUGUCGGCUUGAAUACGGACAAGGCGUUGUUCACUAUAUCUGUCUCAGGCACCGAGAAAGUGUUGCAACAAGUUGUCGAGCAGCUUUAUAAGCUUGUGAAUGUUUUAAAGGUUGAAGAUCUCUCAAGAGAGCCACAAGUGGAACGAGAAUUGAUGCUUAUAAAACUCAGUGUGGACCACCACAGGCGCCCAGAGGUGUUGGGCUUGGUUGAUAUUUUUAGAGCAAAAGUAGUUGAUAUUUCAGAAAAUUCUAUUACUAUAGAGGUAACUGGAGAUCCUGGGAAAAUAGUUGCAGUUCAGAGGAGCCUGAGCAAGUUUGGGAUCAAGGAAAUUGCUCGAACUGGCAAGAUUGCUUUAAGGAGGGAAAAAAUUGGAGACACAGCCCCUUUCUGGAGAUUCUCUGCUGCUUCUUAUCCAGACCUUGAGAGCAUGAGUCACAUGGCUAUACUUCAGUCUCCCAGUGGAACAUUCAGUGGCGACUUGGAACAAUCAUCUGGAGGGGAUGUUUAUCCGGUGGAUCCCUACAAUGGUUUUGUGGUCAAUCAAGUUCUUGAUGCACAUUGGGGCGUUCUUGAUGAUGAAGAUUCAAGUGGACUUCGUUCACAUACUUUAUCCAUCCUCGUAAAUGACAUUCCUGGGGUCCUGAACAUUGUCACUGGGGUGUUCUCUCGCAGGGGUUACAAUAUUCAGAGUCUUGCUGUUGGUCCAGCUGAAAAGGAAGGUAUAUCUCGUAUUACUACGGUGGUCCCUGGAACUGAUGAAACUAUUGAAAAGUUAGUACAGCAGAUUUACAAGCUUAUUGAUGUCCAUGAGGUUCACGAUAUCACUCAUUUGCCUUUUGCUGAACGAGAGCUGAUGCUUAUAAAGGUUGCUGUAAACACUGCUGCCCGAAGAGAUAUCCUAGACAUCGCUGAGAUUUUUAGAGCAAAAGCUGUGGAUGUUUCUGGUCAUACAAUCGCACUUGAGCUCACUGGAGAUUUGAACAAGAUGGUCGCACUGCAAAGGUUAUUGGAGCCCUAUGGCAUCUGUGAGGUGGCACGAACCGGUCGGAUCGCUCUAAUCAGAGAGUCAGGUGUUAAUUCCAAUUAUCUACGUGGUUAUGCUCUUCCGAUAUAGCUCCUCUGUUUUGCGAUCAAAUAGGCAGCCCGGAUGUGAAUAAAUCGAUCACUUUUCCUAUCGGAGUUCUUUUAUGGUUUUCUCUUUUUGUAAGUGGUUUAGAUAUCAAAGAAGAUGGGAAGAGACCCCUUCUUGGUACUGUAGCUGAUUUCCUAGCACAUAAUUGUAAUACCCAUUCUGGAAUUGAUGUCCCAAAUUGUAUUCUUCUAUUAGAUCAUGAGGAUUUGGAUGGGUGUUGAUAAGAU